UCCACCAAGGCAGACUGGACUAUAAACAACAGGUUUCAGACUAUGAGGAGUUUUUCCAUGCAGAAAAAAGUAAACGACCUUUAAUGUCAACAUUAUGAUGUCAUCUGAGUUGGAUCAAUUCACGUCUCUGUCAACAUACACCAUAGAUGUCCACCCUGCAGAUGACCAUAGCCAGUCACUGCCUGGUUGGUUGAAAACCACAUUCACUCAUGCUGUGGAAAGAAGAACCGAUGCAGAGAAUGUGACAUACUACUUCCUUCCUUCCAAAGUUGGACAAAAUGGGCUUAAACAUCAAGGAGAGACCUGCUUAAACUCAGUUUUGCAGAUCCUUUUCACAACUGAAGAAUUCAGAGAGGCCGUAGAAAGGUUGCAGGGUUCUUCAAACAGUAACGAGGUUCUUUACCAACUGCACCAGCUGUUUGAGAUCCUUAAAGGUGAACACAAGUCCAUAUCUGAAAUAACCAAGUGUCUCGAAAUUAAAAAUGUGUGUGACCAGCAAAAUGCAGUGGAGUGGAUUGAGAACAUACUAAAGGAAGUGACCUCAGAUGCCUCUCAGGUCUUUGAGGGGACACUACGGAAAUCGCGACGGUGUCUGAAGAAAGACCAUGGUGAAUGGCACGAGGACAUCAACUUCUUUUCGAUUCCACUCACCAUCGACGCCAGAAACUAUUCCGUGUUCAAUGUGGUUGACGGACUCAAGGCCUUUUUCCAAACCACAAGGUUUGAUGAGGAUGAGCGGCUGUACUGUGAACAUUGUGACGAGAAAACGGACACUGAAAUAAGUUUAAACGUCCAGAAGUACCCAAACAUACUGAUUCUGCACCUGAAGCGUUUCCACCUGGACUCUAUGAAGAUGGUCUACCAGAAGAACUCCUCUCCCUUGGACAUACCCUUCAUGCUCACCUACUUUGAGGACUGCACAUAUGAUCUGUACGGGGUCAUCAACCACAGUGGAGAAUAUGGGGCAGGUCAUUAUGACGCUUACAUCAAGUCUGCUGAAAAUAAUCACUGGUACUGCUUUGAUGACUCUCAAGUGACCAAGAUCACAGAUAAAGACUUCCUGGAAAGGUCAAGAACUGCCUACUUGAUAGUCUACAGGAAAAGAGAGCUGAAUUCCAUUCAUGGAAACCACCAAUCCACCAACACUGUGUCGCCAGAGCACACUGACAAUCCAGCUUCCCAGGUUCAACACGAAAGGACGAGGGCAUUUAGGCCCAAUAAGGACCCAAGAACCAGGAGCCUCAGAGUCCACAACGGCUGCUGUUUCUGCAAAGCCAUGCCGACCAGGUUUACGUCGCCUCUUCGCAAGCCCCAGCACGGCUCCAAGAAGGCCUCCCCGAGGCUGCAGGCGUACACGAAAACCCGGACCACCUCUGGUGUUGUCACCCCGGGGACGGUACUCGUCUUGCGGGCUGGGCGCCACCAGGGCAAGAGGGUGGUGUUCCUCAAACACCUGCCCAGCGGCCUGCUCUUUCUCACAGGAUCUUGCGGAUCAUUGGACCCCAAAGUGGCCCUCUCCACCAACGCAUCAGCUUUGAGCUCCACUACCACCACCACCACCACCAGUGUUGCUGCCACACAGUGUGACGUGUCCACUGUGAAGAUCACAGAGACCCAAACGAGCACCGUUCUUCACAGGAGGAGACAGAGGUACGUGGAGGAAGAGGAGGGAGGAGCAGGAGAGAAGAGCCUGGAGGAACGGCAGAUGGAGAAGCUCGGGAGCACAGCAGGGCAUCUGAAGAGGAACCAGGGGGACGUAGAUGCCCAGGCCAUGCCCACCGCCAGGAGCAGUCGACAGGGUUGGGUCAUCUGGAUCAUCUGGAUUUGGAUCCUUUUCCUGCUUCUGUUGUUGUGCCUUGCUACUGUCAGCUUCGACAGUCUUGACCUCGAUUCGUUGAUCAGUCGAUAUAUCCUACCUCAGUGCGAAGAUGUACACCAGUAAACACAUCAGCACACAUUCAUAACAUCAACAACUAACUUGACCAUGAGUCUGUAUGGGUGGUGGGCCUGACCAUGAAAUUGAGAAUGUAAUACUUAACAAGCUGUAGAAAAUUAAUAUUUUUAGGGUGACAGUCUAACGAAAGCAUGUAGUUUGGGGGCAUUGUUUCCAAUUUCAUUUCCUGCAUAUUUAGCAAAAUUAUAUUUUCAAUGCUCACCUUUUGGAAGAGGCAAACCAUCAGACCUACCACUACUGUACAGUAUAUAAUAUAGUAAUUAACUACUAUUCCAUAAAACCCAUAGUGCAUAAAACUGUCAGGUUUCCUUGAAGCAGGUUGCCUUGAGUCAUGUAAUUAAAUUGUUUCAGAAUAUUGUCUGGUUACAGUUUGGUGAUCGCUCUCAGAAUGCCGAUUGAGGUUCUGCAUUCUCUUGCUACUAAGUUAGACAUUGAGAGCAAGAUUGUCUACAAAACUACACCUUCUAUCCAUGAUUAGUAAGGUAUUGAUCAUGAGAAUACACUGCACACAAGCACACAGACACGUUUUGCAUCAACAUGUGGCCUGGUUGUGUUUUUAUUACGGACCUAUGCAAAUGCUGAAGUAACCAAGUGUUCCAUUUUAUCAUGCUUCAAGGGCUGUGUUGUAUAAAAUACAUUCUCUUUCGCUGUGUAAAGUUGGUUCUGUUUACAAAUAUCAUAUAUUUUGUCAGUCCAUUGGCUCAUACUUUGGAAAUUAAAUGAACAGAAUCUAAAAUUAAACAUAAAGUGUG